AAAAAUGGCUGCCAAAAUAUGACAGGAUGAAAUAGUACAUCAAAAUAAGUUCUAUUCUCUGAAUUUUUCAAAACUUACAUGUAAUCGGUGACAAAAAACAAUGAAGAACAUUAUAUUCAUUUAUAUGUUUAAAGACAAAAUGUCGUAUUUUAAAAAGAAUAACUGAAAAAUAAAAGAAAAAAUCCCCAAUUUUGGGGUUUGUUGUUUUUUCACCUACAUUUUGACUUACAAGUGUAUCGGACAUCAAAAACCGUGUUAAAGACAUGGGAUCAAGAGGAAUACCAGUUGAUAAGGUUAACUUACGACUUAUUCUUGUGAGCGGUAGAACAAAAGAAUUCCUGUUUACACACUCCAGUUCUGCAGCAGAUAUUACAGAUUAUGUGUACUGUAACUGGCCAGUAGAAUGGGGCGAGGAGAAGUUACCUGAAACAAACAUUCUACGGUUGAUAUAUCAAGGCCGGUUCCUUCAUGGGAAUGUUACAUUAGGAGCAUUACAACUGCCCCUCGGAAAGACUACAGUGAUGCAUUUAGUAGCACGGGAGAAUCUGCCAGAACCUAACAACCAGGGCCAGUUGAAAAAGGACAAAAGUGGAGAGGCCAGUUGUAGUCUAUGUUGUGUUCUUCUGUGAUGUCACAUGAUCAGUGUUGACCAAUGAGAUGUGUUGUUACAACAGUCACAUGGUCUGUGCUGUCCAAUGAAAAUGAACUCCAAAAAAGUUGUGAAUUUAAUUUGAAUUCAAGUCUGUGGUUUUAUCAUUACUUCUGGCAAGAAUCCUGAUUAUUGUUGUUAUCUUUUCAUCUUUUCAUCAUUAUACAUGUACAAGUUUCAUGACAAAAUGUCAGUUUCUUACCUAAGUCAGUUGCAAUGUUUCUCAUAUUUUUAAAAGCAGCAGUUCAUACGCUAUUUUCUAUUACAAACUAUUACCUCUGUAUCAAUGUAAAAUUGUUAAUAAUUCCAAAUUUUUAGCGGUCUUUUAAUCAGUUCUUUGCACUGGUGCCAAAAAGUUCAUGGUACAUGUACCGUACUCUCCUUGCUCGUGAACUUAAAAAAGACGGGCAUUUUACUUUCUGUUAUUUUGUUAGUGUAAAAGUAAAACCCAAGGUGUGUUUUGUUUGAUGUGUGUGUGUGUGUUAUAUUUGCAAGAUUGCUUGUAACUCAAAUGAAAUACAGUCAAACCUCGUUGGCUCAAAUUGACUUGUUGUUGGCUCGAACUUGAUGCAAAUGACUGAGUUCUUUAAUCUGAUGGUAAGAAUUUCCGCUUGGCCCAAACUUUUCCAGAUGAGUUUUCGCUGAUUCCUUUGAGUUUUAGCCAAUGGGGUUUGACUGUAUAAGUAUAUAUACAAUGUAAUAAAGAAAAAUUGUUUGUGUCUGUGUAAGAUUAUAUAUAUUUCACCUAGUUUACAUGAAAUUCUUUUUUUACUUCUGGUGUUCACAAGUGAAUUAUACAGCAAUCUUACACUGAAGGAAACAAUUUUCCGUUUGAUUUUAUGCCUUAAAAGGAUAUUAAAUGACACUUUAUUAAAGUUUUCAAAAUGUGCUGAAAUGUACAAAAAAGUUUUCAAAAUGUGCUGAAAUGUAUAAAAAUGCAACAUCAUUUGGAAAUGAUGUCAUUGAAAUUUUGUCCAAGCCCUCUCCGUGCUGACAUUUAUAAACAGUGAAAUAUUAUUUUUAUUUCACAGAUAAAUAUCGUUACCACCAGAAAGCAUAACUAUGAUUGUUUCCUUUUCUCAAUUUUAAAACUGCAAAGACUAAAUUUAGACAAUAUGAAAAAGUAUCAUUUGUAAUGUUCUGAUUUUUCAAGGACUUGUUAAGAAGCCCUAGUUGUGCUAACGGAAUAAAGGAUAAAGGAAGAGUAUUUUAUUUAUAAGUGUAUUAAUGAACUAAAUUAUUUCAGUGAAAAUUUUGGUUUACUGCUAAUAAUCCAGUUAUGAUUUUUAUGCCAGAUUUACUCAUUACAUUGAAUGAAACGUUUUGUAAAAGCCCUGAAAUGUAAGAAUAUACACAUGUAUAUAGUUGAUAUGAGCUGAUAUGUGCUAAAAUAUGUUACAUCCCAUUGUUAUAUCACAGUGUACAUGUUUUUCUGGGCUGCUGGAUAGCCUCAUUUUACAAUUUUCUUUAUGAUUUGGUACACAUGUCUGCUGUUCCGAGUGAAAAAUGUUGGAUAGAAUUUUUGAUUUGUCAGUAAUUGUCUAAAACUUAUGUACAUGUAGCUUUUCACCUUAUGGCAUAGCAUUUGUAUAACAUAUAGAAAAUAGCAUUACCAUCUGGCCUCUUUUGUAUCCUGUAAACAAUCUGUUUUCCUAUACAUGUAGUUUAGGAAAUUUGAUAUGGAUUUUAUCGAUGAGCUUUGAACUUUGCUAUCCCUGUACUUCUUAUUCCCAUAAAAAAUAUGUUAUCAAUGUAUUACUUUAAUAGAUCUCAGGUAGUGUCUGAUUUAUUUACUAAUGGAAAAAUGUUACAGUGCAUAAGGAGGCAAUACUUUGGAGUUGGGUAUUCAGGAGCCUUUAAGGGAGUACUUAGGACCGAAGGGGGUGUCAUACAGUGCACAAGCAUUCAAAAUUUGGCAUUAUGUGAUUCACUGACCCUUAAAAAAAUUAAAACUGUUUUUUCCACUGAAUGGUGUAGAACGGUGUAAUUGAGAUGCACAUGGGGAGGCGGAUUACACCCUCCAUGAUAAAAAAAAUUGUCUAACAUAAUCUUAACAUGAUCUUUAGACAAGCAGUGCUUGCAAGACUAUGUGUCUACUCAAUAAUUAUAUUAAACAUACACAUGCAGCAAUGCAGCUUUGUCAAAUUGAUACAGAGGGGAACUUCCUCAUAACUUAAAAAUGUGACAUUUUCAGAGUUAAUUCAUAUUUAGAUGUAAAGCACUAUUUUGGGGUUAUUUAGGAAUCAGUUUGUUGAUUUUUCUUUGCAUGCACAGCUACUUUACUCCGCUAAGUAUGUAAGACACUGGGCAGAUUGUUCAGAACUUUGCUAAGUGAACAACAUGAUUUACGAAUCGUUGUUAACUUUUAAACUUAGACUUUUAAACUUAGAAUAUUUGAUAUAUUGUCCUCAUAAAGUAGUAAAGCUUAAAAAGCUGUCUUAAAUCUUGUUAGAAAUACAGAGGAUCUCAAGUGUAUCCAUUUAAUUUCCUGGGCAGUAAAUCUUUAAAAGUUAACAAUGAAGUUAACAACGCAAAGUUCUGAACAAUCGACACAAUAUAUAAAGGUCAUACACAACUAAAAAAUAUUAAUUCUUUAUAUGAGUUCAAAAUAUACCUAAUAUUUAAAAUGAAAAUGUCAUUGUUUGGAACUGUUCAGUCCCCUGCUUUCAUAAAAGGCACACACCCACAAUUAGUGUUUAAUUGCGUAGAUACUUCAUCAUAUUGAAAUUGUCAUUGAUUGGAACCUUUUGGUCUGUUCCUAAAGGGCACACCCCUCAAUUAGUAUAGUUCAGUGUUUAAGUACACGGACACAUUAUCGUAUUGAAUUUUUUUUAGGAAUCUCAGCAAAAAAAAAGAAACAUUUUUUUCUACAAGUCCUAUUAUAUGACCAGAAUGUACUUGUUAAUAUCCAUAUAUCUCUUUAGUGGAUGAUUAUACUGUCAUUGACUGCCACAUAAAGCCAUCCUAGUUUUAUAAUGGAUUAACUAGCUACUAUAUAUUGGAAAAAAUCCUCGUUAUAACAUACUGUCACACAUGUAUAUAGUACUGGUGCAAGAAAAACCAGACACAUGCUGUGUUAUGUAUAUAGAAUAUCUUCUAGUUGCCAUGGUGAUUUUCUUGAAAUACUUUGUUGUCUACGUAAAAUAUUCCGAUUUCAAUCCUGCAGACGCGGUCAUUAUUUUACGAGUGUUGAUGCGUUCAUUUAAAUAUUUAAUGAACAUCUGUACUAAAAUCUUGCAUUUUAUUAUUGAGGCAGACACGAUUUUCUCAUAGCCAUCCUCUUAUAAUUGCAAAAAAAUAAUAAUUUAUACUUCCCUUUUUGAACUCCAGCCUUCUAAUAUAUGACCAGGCGAGAAAUUAAAGAAUAGGAAAGUUUGUUUCUGAUUUUGGGUAUAUAAUUUUUAUUAUAAUUCAGGGCCAGACCCAGGAUUUGGCAUGGGGGGGGGGGCACAUUACAGAAUCAAAGUUGGAUAUGCCCACCCCUACCCGAAGAACAGAAAAAAUAUAGGCUUUUAAUGGGGUAUUCUGUAUUUUUGGAACAGUUUCCCAGGACAAUUUUGGGUAAAUUAGUUCUACAAUAAUUAAAUCAAAAGUGAACUGUAACAGUUUCUAUGCCUCUAAGCGGACACUUAUGAAGUGUAUAGACAAAGAAAACAAAUUGUAAAUGCACUCUCUUUGUUUAAUUAGUUAUAAAGUAAGUGCAAGUAUAUCUGUAUGUGGUUUUCAAGAUGGUGUGAAUGUUCUGAAUAUAGACCUGAGUAUUCUAUUUAUUAAAUGUUUGAGUUGAAGUGUAUUUUUCUGAAUACAGACAACAUUUAAAGGGACUAGACACCAGAUGCGUCCAAAAUUCCAAAAUCGACAAGUACAGUAUUUCCUCAAAACAAGUCGAGAAUUAUCAAUACGAACUGGUAUGAGGCCUAUAAUACAUUAUUUUACAUCAUUAAAAUAAUAUUUUAUUGUUGUCUCAGCUGAGUAUACCUGUUGGAAAAUAGCGUAUUCUGGUUUUUCAGUUUAUAGUGUGUAUAUUUAGCAUGUGAAGCUUCUGUGAUAAAAACAGAUACAUAUACUAAUGCAAUUUCAAUUAACAGGGAUAUAUGUGGUAGAAAGACCAAGUAAAUUUUGCAUUGGAAAAAUAUGCAAAAUCAGCGAAAAAUGCAUCUGUGGUAAAAGAUGAGAUACACCUGAGUAGGAAAGAUUCCAUGUGUUGUAAACAACAUGCAUGAUCAAAUGUAUGUAAGUUUUUGACAAUUUUCAUUUUUUUCUCACAUUGGUAUCAUCUGGUGUCUUGUCCCUCAAAACAGACAUAUGAAUAUUUAUAUAGCAUUUAUUUUUAAUUCUAUGAUUAUGUCUCCCUGUUUUUAUCCUCCUUCUCUUCUGAGCUGCGUUCAGUAAAUCUUUCAGUGGAAUAUUUUAUCACCAUUUCCAGGGUGAGAAAUCAUGUGACUUCAAUGGGGCUCUCACAUGGGUCAACAUGGGUCACAACUUGAUGUAAACAAACAAGUAGGAGACUUAACUUUCUCAAUAACUUUUUUGACAAAAAAAGAUAUGAAAAUAUUUCCAAGCCUAUAAAAGACUGCUAUUUUUUGCUUCUAUAUGUGUGAAAUAUUUUAGAUUUGCUUGUUUAUAAAUGAUGCAACUAGAAAAUAGCAUAAUCUUUUAUAUUAUAAGCUAAGAAAUGUUUUCACAUCUUUUCUGUCAAAGAAGUUAUUUAGAAAUGAAAGUAAUGUCCCUUUUAUGUUUACAUCAGUUUUGACUGGUGGUGAUCCAUGUGAGAACCCCUUUAAAGCCUCGGGAUCCCUCACCCUGAUUUCUAGUAUUGUUCUUUUAUGACUGAUGUGAUAUCUUUGUGUGAAAUUGUGUAAACUUUUGCCAUUUUGGGGUUCAAAGAUGUAAAAUUUGUUUACGAAUAAUUGAAUUUUUCACAUCAUUAAAUGAUUUUAAUGUUUCAUUAAAUUUUGUAACUAAGUAACGGUUAGUUACGAAAUAUUUGUCUUCAUCAUAUUCAGUUGACACCAUUGUUUAGACGGAUUUCAACCAUGAUAGCUCAUUUGUUUUGUGUUUUUUUCAAAGAAAAAAAGGUUUGAGAUAUUGUCAUAUUGCUGAUUGUGUUAUCGUCUUUGUUGUUUCUUGGAUGCAAAACUUUUUAUGUCGAUGAACAUUCAGAAACAGUCAAAGAAACAUUUUUUGAACAUGAAACUUGGUAGACAUGUUCACAUGAACAAUAGUUUGUCAGUCCCACCACUGAGGCAAAAUCACUUGUGGAAUUAUGUAUGACCCUUGGUUAACUUAGAGAACAGGCGAGCGUUUGCAUACCUUUGCCUUGCUCUUGUCUGAAAGCUGCACUAUCACAGAUUUACUGUUUUGACAACUUUUUUUAUUUAUUUUCUUGGAUUGAGCCAAUUUUUGGGUUAAUAUCUUCAAACCAGUGAUAUAAGACUACUGAAAAAAGAUCAGAUCGAAGAUUUUUAUAUUUCUGUUGAAAAAUUAAUGUUUUUUGGCUAAAAGCGGUACUAACCGUUUAAGAAAAAUGCAUAAAACAUCAAUUUUUGAACUUAAAUAUGAAAAUUUGCGAUCUAUUUUUUUGUCAGCUGUCUUAUAUCACUGGUUUCCAUGCAUUUUCGCAUAAAUUGGCUUGUUCCAAGACAAAUAAUAUAAUAGUUGUCGAAACGUUCAAUCUUUGAGAGUGCAGCUUUAACCGUUUCCAUUUAUUGUUGAUUAUGGUGCAUUUAAGUGUCCAUGUAUUGUAUUCCUUCUAAACAUUUUUAUCAAUUGACUCAAAAUCUUUACCUUUAUCUGCCAUGUGUUCAGUAAACACGUUUGAGGCGACCAUUUACUGUUUGGUUCUUUGUUUGCAGUGUAUGGUCUGCUUUGCAACAGGGAUACAAAACAAAACAGUUAGAAGGAAAGAUAGAUAUAUUAAUAGUUGAAACAUAGUGGGUGAUAGCUUAUCAAAGAACACCAAGACUUGAGACAGAUAUGUGUUGUAAUUGACUUGCUCUUUGAACAACGAUCUUCAAAUGUUAUUAAUAUAGCUAUAUAUUGAUAUGUUUAAAUUUCUGUGGUAAUUUAUCAUUGAGAAAGUUUUCAUCUGCACGAAGUAAAACUUAACAACACUUGAACAUGAUAUAGAAAUAAUGAUUGUGAACAGUAAUUUAUACAUUCAGACUAUUCAUGCUGAUGGCCAAGAUGAAAUGUUUCUUCUAAUUAAUGUUGAUAUUAUUAUUAUUAUAUAAGAAGACUUCUUACUUUGUCAAUAUUUAAACCCAUUAACCGAUAUAGACGCAUUUUCACGCAUUUGAACACAUCUGAGAAAUGUGAGUAUUGAAAACAUUUUGGAAAACGGAGCAUUUGCUCCUGAUGGAUCAAAUGCUCCAAUUUCCAUAAUGCUUUAAAAACUUUUCAAUAUUCAGUUUUUGGUUUUCCAGAAAAUUCAAAAUUUUGAACUACCGGUAAAUAUAGAAAAUGACAUCAUAAUCUAAAUAUAGCAUAUCAGGUAAUGGGUUAAGUUAUGGGGAUAGUAAGUGACCUAAUAUAGGAUAUUUGGGGCAAAGGAAUCCAUAUCUGGUGAGACUUAGGAUCGAACCCGAAUAUGGUUUUCUGUGCCCCUAUAUCUCAUAUCGGGUUACCGACUUACCCUGCAAUGUAUGUAUAACAUCAACAACCUGUUUUCAUUGACUCACCAAUGGGAUUUUUUUUCAUUGGAUUCGGAAAAAAGACACCAUUUUGUUAUAAUCUACCUAGGCCUAAAAAAAAAAAAAUGUCCGUUUCGGGUAACCCGACCCUACCUAUAAAAAUGUGUCGACAAAAAAAAAUAUUUGUUAGCAAAUAGAGAGUUACGAAGGACAGAUAAAUGCAGAUUUUAAUCAGGAUUAUUGUUUAUAUGAUAAAACAAAGUCAGGCAAUGACAGUAAUGUAGGAAAGACUGCCAUGUGCAAGAAAACACAGAGAACUUACGACAGAUUUUGAAAAAGAAAAAAAAAUCCCUACCUACCCUACCUAGAAAUUUUGGGAAGGUUACCCUAAACAAACAAUUAUUUUUUUUGGCCCUACCAAAAUUAAUAUGGAAAACUAUGGGGUUACCGCGUAAUCAGUUCUGUUCUAAUGGCAUUGCAUCAUUCAUGUUUGAGGUGUAAUAUACAUAGAUCUUCAUUAAAGGGACUUGCGCACAUUUUAUAUUGUCUAAGGUAUGGAAAAUAUUAACUUCAUAUAAAAUAUGAACAAAAUGAUUGUAAGUUAAGAUCUAGGCUCUAGCAUUAACAGGUUUUUGAAAAUAGUGACAGAAAAUCUGCUGAAUAGUGUAGCAAUGCAAUUGAAAAUUGAAUGACUGUAGACUUGGAUUUACCAAAUUCUGUACAAAUAAGUUUCUGUGAGGUACCGUUUGGCAUUGGUUCAUACAAGAAAGUAAAAUAAAUCAAUUCGAACAAAGAUUAAAAAUAGUGUAAAUCUGGUGAGAAUAUCCAUUUAAAGGCUGAUAAGAUGGAACUGAUGGCUUAUAAGCACCUGCUAGAAUGGCAUUAUGAAUGAUUUUGCAAUAUAUAUGUUUAUCUGCGACUGUAUUAACAUGACCUAUUGAUUUACAUUGUACUAUUUAGUUUGUUGAGACAACUAUGAGUUGUCAUAGUAAACAAUCAAUAGGUAUUGUCACAGCCUUGUUUUCCGAGCCUUAAAAAUUUGCCAUAACUUAGAAACCAUUGCAAAUUCCCAUGAAACUUGGCACACAUGAUGACAAUGGCAAUGUGCAAGUUUAUAAAAAGUUCCAUAAUAAUGUCAAGAUAUUUGUUGAAUUAUAGAUGAUCCUUUCUGAAUGGAGAAGUGGGACAAGGGUUGAAAUCAAUUAUUCAAAUGAAACUUACAUAUGUUGAUGGAGAAAUUUGCACAUGUAUAACAACAUGUAUAAUAACAAGGGGCUGUUUCAAUUUUAGGAGUAUAAUCUGAGUGUUUUGAUUGCACUGUGAAAACAGCUGUCCACUAAAUGGAGUAAGGAGGUAUAUGAAUGAUAUUGAAUACAGCCCAGGGCCACAAACUCUAAAUAAAUACUGAGUUAUAUCCCUUUUUCAACUGAAAUCAAAAGAAAAGACAAGCGUUUGAAUCCCCAGCGUUGUUCUUGAUUUUCUAGACUGGUUAUUCUGGAUAGGAAAAAAAACUACUUAACAAUUUUUAUAUUAUUAUAUAAUUUUACUUAGCGACUGCACAGUGUAUGUUUUUGUUUCAUUUGUAUACAUUACUUUGUCUAUCCAUGAAAUGUUUUGCCAUGUAUGCAUGCAUAUUUAGUAAAACUGUUGUUAUUGUAAUGUUAAAUGCAUUUAAAAGAUGCACUUUUAAAUUAAAUAUUAUAAAAACAAGAA